CAAAGAAGGAAGGAAACGAGGAAGCAAGGAAGGAAGGAAGCAAGCAAAGAUGCAAAGAAAGGAAGAAAAAAGCAAGGAAGUAAGUAAGAAAGGAAGGAAGAAGGCGAGAAUGCAAGGAAGCAAGGAGGGAAGAAAGCAAGAAAGAAAUGAAGCGAGAAAAGAAGGACAUGAGGAAAGAAUGAAGGAAACGAGGAAGCAAGGAAGGAGGAAAGGAGGAAGUGAGGAAGGAAGGAAGCAAGGAAGGAAGGAGGCAAGUGAGGAAGCGAUGAAGCAAGGAAAGAAGGAAGCGAGGAAGCAAGGAAGGAGGAAAGAUGGAAGCGAGGAAGCAAGAAAGGAAUGGAGCGAGAAAGGAAGGACGCGAGGAAAAAAACGAAAGAAGCGAGGAAGCAAGGAAUGAGGAAACAAGGAAGCGAGGAAGGAUGGAAGCAAGGAAGGAGGAAAGUGAGGAAGGAAGGAAGCGAGGAAGCAAGGAAAGAAAAAAGCGAGGAAGCAAGGAAGAAAGCGAGGAAGCAUGGAAGGAGGGAAUGAAGCAAGGAACGAAGGAAGAAAGUAAGGAAGUGAGGAAGAAAUUUGUGAAGGAAGCGAGGAAGCAAAAAAGGGGAAAAGAAGGGAGCGAGGAAGGAAAAAAGCAAGGAAGGAAAGAGGGAAACGAGGAAAGAAGGAAGCGAGGAAGCAAGGAAGGAAUGAAGCGAGGAAGCAAGGAAGCGAGGAAGCAAGGUAGGAAGGAAGUGAGGAAGGAAAGAUUGCGAGGAAGUAAGGACGCGAGGAAGCAAAGAAGGAAGGAAGGAAGCAAGGAAGGAAGCGAGGAAACGAGAAAGCGAGGAGGGAAGAAAGAAAGGAAGGAAGGAACUGAGGAAGAAAGAAAGGACGGAAGCGAAGGAACAAGGAAGGAACGAUGCAAGGAAGCAAGGAAGGAAGGAACUGAGGAAGCAAGGAAGGAAGCAAGGAAGGGAACGAGGAAGAAAGGAAGCCAGGAAGCAAAGAAGGAAGGAAACGAUGCUAUGGCGGAUCCGGGGGGGGGGCCCAUGGGGCCCGGGCCCCCCCCCCUAAGAAAGCGAGGAAACAAAGAAGGAGGAAAGAAAGGAGCGAGGAAAGGAAAAAAGCAAGGAAGGAAGGAAGGAAGCGAGGAAGGAAGGAAGCGAGGAAGCAAGGAGGGAAGGAAGCGAGGAAGCAAGGUAGGAAGGAAGCGAGGAAGGAAAGAUGCAAGGACGGAAGGAAGCGAGGAAGCAAGGAAGGAAGGAAGCAAGAAAAGAAGAGGCGAGGAAGAAAGGAAGGUAGGAAUCGAGGAAGGAAAGAAGCAAGGAAGGAAGGAAGCGAGGAAGGAAAGAAGCGAGGAAGCAAGGAAGGAAGGAAGCCAGGAAGGAAGGAAGCGAGGAAGCAAAGAGGGAAAGAAGCAAGGAAGAGAGGAAGCAAGGAAGAAGGAAGGAAGCGAGGAAGCAAGGAAAGGAGGAAGCGAGGAAGGAAGUAAGCGAGGAAGAAAGGAAGGAAGGAACGAAGCGAGGAAGGAAGGAUGCAAGGAAGCGAAGAAGCAAGGAAGUGAGGAAGCAAGGAAGGGAGGAAGGAAGCAAGGAUGGAAGGAAGGAAGCGAGGAAGGAAGGAUGCAAGAAUGCGAGGAAGCAAGAAAGCGAGGAAGCAAGGGAGGAGGGAAGCAAGGAAGGAAGCAAGAAAGAAAGGAGGGAAGUGAGGAAGGAAGGAAGCUUCUUACUGAAUAUCGACUUGUACUCAAAGAUGGAACAGAGGGGACAGUUGAAAUACAGAAAAUACAGAAUAUUUCCUAUGGACUAUGUAGUAAGAUCACACGAUAA